AUGACAAUGUCGGGAUUAAAACUUGAGCAGAUUAUCUUUAGUUAUAUUGUCCCUAUUUUCAUCAUCUUUGGAAUUGUUGGCAAUAUCAUUAAUCUUACUGUUUUAUUAUCGCCAUCUAUGCGAAGCAGGACUGUCCUUUUUAUUUGUUUUGAACGUCUCUUAGCAAUACGGUAUCCGUUUAAAAUUCAUCGUUAUACCAUAGAUCGAGCCAUAUGGAGGAGGACUUUAAUAUUACUAAUAACUGCAACAACUGGAAUGCUCACAGCAUACUUUCACUUUAGUUAUACAAAAAUUGCAAAAACAUUCUGUAAUGGUACACAGUUCCAUGCCUACCACGUUGCUGUCAAUUCCGAUAAGUGGCCUGGAAACAGGACAAAUCCUAAUCCGAAGUGGCUGCAGAGUUACGUGUAUUGGAGUGCCAAAGUUCACGAACUAUUCGUAAUUUUUAUGCCUACAGUUAUCAUUAUUUUUGCCAACGCUUUGCUGAUACUGACGUUGAGAUCAAGGAACAAGUUUGUCCGCACAGUGUCUCGUAAAGGUGACGCUUUAACAACAAUUGCUAAAGCAGAACAAAAUAUUACAUGUACCGUCUGUGCUAUAGUAACCUGUUUUACUAUUACGCAGGUGAGUUAA